UGCAAACCAGUCUGAGGAAGCACAUAAAUUGGAGCAGCUCCAGGUUUCAGCAAUGGACACCCUUGCAACAUCCAAUGGCAACUUCACCUUGGAUCUUUUCAAAAAAUUGAAUCAAUCAUCCCAAGGCAAAAACCUUUUCUUUUCACCCUGGAGUAUUGUAUCUUCUCUGGCCAUGGUCUUUAUGGGAGCAAGAAACAACACUGCCACCCAAAUGGCUGAAGUGCUUUAUUUCAUUAUGGCAAAAGGAACUGAACGUUCUUCAGAGGAACCAGAUCUCAGUGAAGGUGAAACCAUUCAUAGUCUGUUCAAGGAACUGAUCUCUGAAAUCAACCAACCCAAGAGGACUUACGUGCUUAAAACUGCCAACCGACUAUAUGCAGAAAAGACUUUCCCAUUUGUUGAUGAAUAUCUGCAACUUGUUAAGAAAUAUUACCAUGCAGAGCCGCAAUCUGUUGACUUUUUGCGUGCUGCUGAACAAGUCAGAGGCCAGAUCAAUUCUUGGGUGGAACGACAAACUGACAACAAAAUCAAGAAUCUGUUGCCUGAUGGUGCUGUUGAUUCUCAGACAGCAUUAGUCCUAGUAAAUGCCAUUUACUUCAAAGGAAUGUGGGACAAACAAUUUCAAAAAGAAAAUACUACAGAGAAGUCUUUCAGACUCAGUAAGAUCCAGUCAAAGCCUGUGCAAAUGAUGUUUCUAAAGGACAAACUUCCAGCUUUCUACAUUGAAACUCUGAAAGUUUAUGUUCUUGAGCUCCCUUAUGUUAGCAAGGAACUCAGCAUGAUCAUCCUGCUGCCAGAAGACAUCACAGAUGAGUCUACUGGAUUAGAACUGUUGGAGAAAGAAUUAACAUACGAGAGAUUAUCGAUAUGGACGAGUCCAGACAUGAUGGAGAACAUAGAAGUGGAACUCCACCUGCCCAGAUUCAAACUGGAAGAGAGAUAUGACCUCAAGUCUACCCUAAGCAGCAUGGGGAUGAAAGAUGCCUUCAGCCAAGGCCAAGCCAAUCUCUCAGGAAUCUCAAGCAAAAAUGACUUGUUUUUGUCAGAGGUGUUUCACAAGUCCUUUGUGGAAGUGAAUGAAGAGGGCACGGAGGCAGCAGCUGCCACCGGAGCUGUGGUUGUAAUAAGGUCAUCAAUGCGGCCUGUAAAAAUCAACGCAGACCAUCCUUUUCUCUUCUUCAUCAGACAUAACAAUACCAAAAACAUCCUUUUCUUUGGCAGAUUCUGUUCUCCAUAGAAUACUUUGUAGCUUCUAGGUUGCGCUAAAAGGCUGAAAUUUGAAGUGCACUCACUAGGUGGGAUGUUCUGCUGACCUUAGCAGGAUUGUGCUGGAACAAAAAUGCUUAGGAAUAAGAUGCAAAUAUCAUAUUAUAAUAUUAUAAAUGCUGAUUUUUAAAAAACAGCAAUGCAUAUAAGCAUUUCUACCUGAUCUCUGAAAAAUAUCUAUGCUAACCAAUUCUGUUUGUCAGAGGGUCUUGUUUUGUAAAAUGAAAAAAGAGACACAUCCUGUUUUUUUCAAGACCCCUGUCAGUGUUCCCUCAAUCGUGUCCCUUUCUCUUUACUUUUGCUUCUUCUCUUGUAGCCUUUUUGUCCAAGCUCUUUUAGAGCAUCUAUUUUGCAUGGGCCAGUUUUCCAUGUAUUGCAUGCCUGCCUUUCAUACAAUCAUAGAGUGCAUUGCAACUUCCUAUAUGGUUUGGGGCUUAAGAAUAUACUGCUAUGGCUCAACGUAGAGAAUAUGGAAAACUGAAACUCACGUAGGUCCAAAUCCCAUUGUUAGCUUCAACUAGAAUAGAACCAUUAAAUCAACUGAAAUGACUUAAGUGCUGACUUACCAAGCUCCCAUUGAUUCAGUGCAAUUUACAAUUUAGUUGCAACUUACAAUUAAGAUUUGAGCUACAAUGUCCCACCUAGUUCUCAAAAUACUCUAAAAUAGUUAAUCAAAACAUAAGGGGUGAGAUUAGAUCGCCUUGAAGUCUCUUCCAGUCUAUAAUUUUAUAACAUAAAAGGAUGUGUAAUUAAAGAUAAAAGUCAGUGACAUUUAUAUUAUUCUCCAACGGCAUGAACACUUUUGUACUUUACUGUUUCUGAUCAUUUUUUCUGUUCUUUUUUAAAGCAGACUAUACAUGCAUAGAAAAGUUUUAGAUGCUAUGUGAUAACAUUUAAUUUUUAAACAUAGAAAAGUUGGGUUGGCCCUGGUUUGGUGCUGCAAUGGCACAUGUAGUACUGUAUUUGAAAAUGAAUGUUUAGCCAUUUCUUGUGAAUGUUGUUUGAAAAUUGUUACUCUUUAUUAUACUCACAUGGCAUUUUAUAUCUUGUAUUUUGAUAGAAUAAAUGUAGGAGAAUGUCUAGCUACAUGUCUUGAAAAUUUUAGUAAACACGGAUGUAUAAAUAAUACAAGAUCAGUUGGCACUGUCA